CGUGUUCAUGCGGUAGUGAUAGUUUGUCGUUCGUGCGUGUGGUGUGUUUUAUGGCAGCCAUGAAAUUUCAUCCGUCUGCUCUCGUGUAGUGACCGACCGCUUACUCGCUCAGUCCAAUAACCAAGAGGACCACAAGGCAAAGUGCAACUCUAUGAACUGUGUUCUCAGUCCUCACUUCCAUCGACAAUCACCAAUGGAAAAUUGUGAUAAUGAACUUGUUAUCGCCGCAGUCCAAAAAGCACAAGCGCUCUAUGACAGAACACACAAAUUGCACGCAAACAGACAGUUCCUUCAUCAAGCAUGGAAAGACAUUGGACAAGAAUUGAACAUUGAUGGUGCCGUUGCAAAGAAAAAAUGGACGAGUUUACGGGACUAUUUUCAGAGACAGCAUAGAGAGAUGACAGCUUUCAAGUCAGGGCCUAGGCCAUCCAAGAAAAAGAAAUGGCCCCUGUAUGAUUCCAUGACAUUUCUGGUGCCUUACGUCAACGACAGACCAGCACCGAGCAACCUGUCUGAGAUAAAUGACCUAGAGUUGAAUGCCACUGAUACCGUCUCACAAUCCUCAACAGAGGUGCCGUCCAUCCACUCUCCAGUACAAAAAGAAGACGUUACCGUCUCGGCUGUUGAAACACCACCGGGACUAGAAGAUGCUGAGGUCGAACAAAAUACGCCUGCUUCAAAACGACAUUUCAGCUGCGCAACCAGAAAAAGAUCAGCACAGGUUGAUAUUGAUAUACAACGUGAAAUUCUGGAUACACUAAGAACUAUCCCUACAGCACUUUAUGUGCCCCCACAGGAGGAAGACGAGGACCUGCUCUUCUUUAAGAGCAUGAUUCCCAAGAUAAAGGCAUUAGACGUCUUACAGAAGAUGGAGCUGCAAGCAGAAAUGCACAGUGUUUUAUUCAAACAUUUGAAAAGAGCACGUGCUACUGCAACGGAGCCCACAAAAUAUGCUGUGAACGGGAGAGCAAGAAAUGUGUGAAGACCAAUAUCAGUAUCAUCAAUAUCAAUAUUCUCUUUAGCAAUCUAUUUUUAAAAUGUCUUUCGCUUGAUAGUUCUUCAAACAUAUCGACAAGUAACCUUGAAUUAAAAAUCAUUGGCAUUUGGUGUUGAGUUUAAUAAAAAAAAAUUGUUUUGUAAAUGAA